GAAAAGAAUUGAGAAAUAGUUACGUGAAAUUUAGCAAAAUUUAUGUGCAUUCGACUAAACAAAAAAUUAAAUAAGUGCAAAAAUUCGCAAUGGAUGCGAAUGUAUGCGUGUAUCUCGAUUCACAAGUUCUUUGUGGUUUAAACAAGUGAGAAGGAUAAAAAAAAAUUAAGUAAAAUAAAAAUAAAAGAAUUCAAUCCAUAUUUUUAAUAAGAAAAAAAUUAAUGAAAAGUUCACUUUCCGCAUUUAAAAUCAAAUGAUUUCAUUUGUCAAUCUCUAUUAUUAGUUAACGUAAAAUAUUGGAAUUUCAUUUUGUACAUGAAAAAUGGUUUCGCUUAUUAAAAAUCAAUUGCUGAAACAUCUAUCAAUAUAUACAAAAAAUUUAUCUUCCGAUAAAAUCAAUCUUAGUACAUUUAGGGGAGAAGGUGAACUGUCCAAUUUACAAUUGGAUGAGGCCGUUCUUACGGAAUUAUUAGAAUUGCCAUCAUGGUUGCGUUUGACAUCGGCCUGGUGUAAUCACGUAUCGUUUCGUAUUAGUUGGACUAAGUUGAAAAGUGUACCAAUUUACUUGACGCUUGACGAGGUUAAUAUUACAGUAGAAACCUGUGAUCCCAUUAGUAGGUUACAGGAUGCUAAAUCGCCUAAUGGUGGUGGCAGUACUGGUAGCGGUGGUGGAAAUUUGCCACAAGUACCUCAAGGCAAAUACAGUUUUAUACACAAAGUUAUUGAUGGCAUUACAAUAACUGUGAAUACAGUGAAUGUAAAGUUUCUCAGUGCUGCCUUUACAGCCUCUGUCCAGAUGUCUCGUAUCCGAGUAGAAUCGAAAACGCCUAAGUGGGCAAAUGGUGAUUUACGUGUAACGCGUCUUAAAGAUCCAUAUAAAGGGAUUAUAUUAAUUUUCAAAGAAUUGUCUUGGCAAACGGUACGCAUUGAGGCAAGUUCCACGCAAGACAAAUCUCUGACACCGCUGCGUUUAUUGACAAAUCAAGCGCGCUGCCGCAUAACUAUACGAAAACGUUUAUCUGAUUGUACAUUAUUGGCUUCCCGGCUUGUUUUAAUAUUGGAUGAUUUGCUAUGGGUGUUAACGGAUUCCCAACUGAAAGCAGCCUUGCAUUUUGUAGAUUCCCUGUCGGGGCUUAUAAAAGCUGCCACUCACGCCACUCAAAAGUCAAGCGCUGCAAGGAAAUUGGAAACUCUGCCAGAGUACCAAGCUCAGUUGGCUCAGCAGCAGUCACGCCAAAGCGAUGGUACACAUAUGACCAGCAACACGCAAAGAAUGUUUAAUGCUUUUGACGUACGAGAGACCUCCUAUCACUUCUUUAGUCAACGUAUCGAUUUACAUUUGUGUGACGAUGAGGGUGAUGGUCGCUCUAGUUACCCGGAAUUGAUUAAGGGAGGAGCAUUGCAAAUUUCGGUACAAGCAUUCCAAGUGGAUUAUUAUCCGUAUCAUUUGGCGAAAUCGGAUAGAUCUCAUUGGGCUAAAUACCGAGAAGCUUCCGUCUCACCUGCUUUGUGGCUAAAAGAAUCCUUAAAUACUUUCCGGGAAGCGGUACUAAAUUUAUGCCAACCAAAUCGUCCUUCAUCUCAUGCUCCAUUGGAACGCUCCACACCGAAUUCUCCGCUCACUUUAAAUGCCGCCAUGUUAAAUACCCAGUUUAGUACAGCGGGAACGCCGACAAUACACAGGCAAAGCCAUGGCUCAUCGACUGGCAGUAAUACGCCCACUCAAACACCCGGUAGCGCUGGCUCUGCUCAUUCAUCGGCUAAUGGCUAUGGUAUGCAGAGCAAUCAACAGAAAUCAAUUUUAGAUAAUUUAGCGAAACUUAUGAGUUCGUGUGUUAUUCUACGCGUUGAAGAUUUUCAAUUGUUUCGCGUUACAACCGCUGGCCGAAAACAAAUGCCUAAGGAGUUUAUAUCAGCCCAACAUAAAAGGAAAAUUAAAACAGGAGAUAAGGAUCGUUAUUCUUUUCCUGCAGACAUGCCUAUUUUACAUGCUGAAUUUACAUACUUCUACUAUCCCGGUGAUUUUAUAUUUCCACUACCGCCCUCGAAAAUAUUUGUACACAUUAACCCGUUGCAAAUACAUUUUGAUUUGAGUUCAAUUUUAUGGCUGAACUCGUUUGGUUUAAAUCUGCAUGAAAGUCUGAUGCGAACAGCUCAUGUCGGUUCACCCGUUUCUAAUCCAACCAGUCGUGCAUCGCCUUUGUCGACGAUAGGUUCACAAAGUACUACCUUAAAGGGCUCGUCUAAGAUAGCAUUGUAUCCGGCUGAGGUUCCAAGCGAGCCAAACUAUAUGUACAUGGACGUUAAAGUUGAAGCUAUAAUGCCACGAAUUGUUAUCGAGUCAACGGUCGAUAUGCCACAUCAAAAGGAUCGCCCGAGAAUGAUGCAAAUACAGAUAUCACGUUUUGCACUUACAAAUAUCCGUGAAACGGGUUCGUCACGUGCCGAUCUUGCACAAGCUUUGCAUUCUUUGCAAGAGGGUUCAUUAGUGUUCGGCAACGGUUUUCCUUCGGCUAAAAAUGAUAUGUGUAUAGUAACCGAUCGUAUAUUAUCGCAUGUGGCAGCUACUGACGUUGCCGCCACGAAUGGAUUAAUGCCGGAUGGGACGGAAGGAGUAGGAUUGACGGACGCUUCAGUUCGGAAUUCAAUACCAAAAUCCGCCUCGACCCAGUGCCUCACACGCUAUGCCAUGUGGUCAGAGCCGCGUGAUGUCUGGUGUAUUAAACUCGAUCCGGUAUGGAUUGAUUUUCUCGGUGCCCGCUCACUGAGCGCCAAUAAAGCCAUACCUUUCAUUGAUGCAGUACCUAUAACAUUAUGGUUACACUCUGGCACCGGCACUACUGGUUCCGAGUCAUCGCAAAGCGUUGGUGGUAGUGUUUGUCACAAAGACGGCGGCGAUGACGGCGGCUCUGAUACGCUAUUGUUCACAGCGAAAGGUCCCUCCGUCGAGGCGAAUAACAAAAACAAAUUGCCACGCAAUCCUUUCCUAGAUAGCGAAGAGGACAUCUACUUCGAACGUAAAUCGCAAACAUCUUCUGAACACAACGAACGAACCGCUGAUUUGCACGCAAUAGCCCACAUUUCAAAUCUGAUAAGCUUGCAAAUUGAUCACUAUCAGUACUUGUUCCUUUUGCGAUUGGCCGAAGAACUAAACGAGAUGACCACAUUUCUAUCCAUAGAUGCUGAACGAAUUUUGCACAAGCAUAAUAAUAAAAAAUCUCUAAUAUUUGGUUGCGUGAUACCGCAAGUUGAAAUUACUUUUGUAAUGCCGUCCCCUACACCCGGUAAGGAAUCAAGUGGUGGUGACGCCGAAAGUGUCUUACCCGAUUCAGCUAGUUUGGGUGAUGAUUUACAUAUAAAUAGUGCAAACAUUGUGUGGCCGACGCCACCGUCGUUGGAUCCUGUUAAGAAUAGUAUAUUUGGCAGCGUAGAAACACCGUCUCCCAUUACCAAUGAAGCGCCGCCCUAUGAUAGUGUCAUACAUAUUUCAAAUCCAAAUACCCACGGCCACAAUGUACACAUACAAAAUACUACUGUUGUGUCUUCUUCCUAUAUGAAUCAAACGUCUACCAGAGCGGACACUGGAGUUCAUACUCAAUCAACCACCUCAUCGUCGACAAAAAGUUAUAGAUCGACACGCAAUUCAACGAGCGAUGCUACUAGUUUAACUAAAGAAAUUAAUUCAGGACUUAUGUCUAUGAAAAAAGGUUUCUCUAGUUUUAUGACUUCCAUUGAUUCAGCCAUUACCUCCAGAACUACGAUAAACGAUGAUGUUAGUGACACGUUUUCUAUACAAAGCGAUAUCAGUUCGGAUUCGGAAAACUUUGCUAUUGUUAUGGGCGAUGAUAAAACUAUGGAUUGUAUAGAUGUUAUGUUUAGACUAAACCCUUUUAAUAAUGAAAGCAAUAUAAAAGUUUCACCAGUAGAAGUCGCCAGUGAAGUUUAUGAGGAGCCUGCCUGUAAAACUAAUUUAAGUUCGCCUUCAGAACCGUCAGAAGCCAGUACAUGGCGUAGACGUGAUCUCGUUUCGAUGGCCACAUUUAGAUUAACUACCGUCGAACUGAUCCAACAAAACGAAGGUAACAAUUCCACCUUGCGUGUUCAAGUGGCUGCCAUAUCAUGCGAUGAGUGUGGUGCGAUACCCUGGGAUGAAUUGCAGAAUGCUCUGCAAGCCAAAAAGACAAAGUUCGGUGCACGCUGUAAAGCGUGGAAUUUGGCUCCGUAUAAUCCAGAAGCACCACCAUGUUUACGUCUACGACUAGAAGAGACUUUAAAGCCGCCACCGAAAGAGAAUAACGGUCACGUAAUAGAUAAGAAAAGCAUCGAAAGCUGGCUAACGCAAAAUGCUGAUAUGCGAAUUAACGAUGUAUGUUUAAUUGUUAAUAUGAGUACAAUUAUUGGUUUGGCUGAUUUAGCGGAAGAUGAAAUCAUUGCCUCGAACAUUUUGCCUUUAAAUAUAACAUUAGAAAAUGUACGCAUCAACUUAAUUGAAGAUCGUCCACCAGUUAAUAUUACCUCACCAGGUCCAGUACCUCUUAAUUUAGCCAUAGGUCGCAUGCAUGUCAAACGUGACAAGAACGGCAUUUUACAUAUACAGCCAAUAGAAACAAAUUUGAAUGAAAUGGCUGCUUCGAGCUAUCCUUUAACGGCGGCGCUUUUUAAACAGCCGGAUACCAUACAACGAGAACGUGAACGGGAUCGUGAACUCUUGUCCCUACAAUUGAUUAUGCAACAAAUUAAGUUGGAAAAUGAUAAUUUACGCAAGCAGUUACAAAAUGCCAAAGACAAUUCCGAGAAUUAUCGGCAAAAAACUAAGCAAGAAUCUGAUACUUUACGUUCCUAUUUAAAAGCAGCUCAAGAUGAGAUAAACAUGUUGGUGGAAGAGAACAAAGCUUUGGUAGACAACAUACGUUCCUUAAAGUCUGAAGUUAACACACAACACGGGACUAAAGCUCCAAGAGACUACUUUGAAUGUGACAAAGAAAACUGAAGGCAACAACAGGUAGCACAACUGCAUGGAUUGCAUACAAUGCUGCGGAGAAAAUAACAAUCCAUAAUCGACCUCGUUUUUGUACUACCAUAACUACUACACACUACCAUGUAUUAAAUCCAUAUAAAAUAUUCCAUAUAUUGUAAAUAAUUUAAAAAAGCUAUUCAUCAUUUUUCAUUUAUUUUUAUUUUUUUUUAUUUGAUUUUUGCUACAAACAUAUAUACAUAUAUAUAUAUAUUUUCUUAAAACUUGUCCUUAGUAACUUAUCUUCCUAAUAAUUAUAUUUUUAAUUAAUCAUAUUUAUGUUAUAAGAAGGCAAUAUACUGUAAAAGUUUAUUUAGAUACCAAUCAAUUGUCGAUUUGAAUCAAAUUCAGCCAGAUCGAGGAGAGAUUGUAUUGAAAUUAUAGCUAUCCCUGACGAUGAUUUGGUGGAUAAUAUCGCGCCAUUAUUUCUCUUGAAAACACAUCCGUUCGACUUGCACUUAAAUCGUGAAUCAAUAAUAGGUCCACCGGAAAGCUCGACUCGUUUUUAUAAUAAAACAAAAUCCCAGUUUCCGAGUAUGGUCUGCAUUGAUUUCUUGAGCUGAAUUGAGUCUUUCUGGUAGCGUGAUACUCUGACACGAUUUUGACAUUAUUGUCGUCGAUCAGAGAGGCUUACCAAAAACGUCAAAAUAACUUAUUUGAAAUUUUUCGAACCAUCUUCUGAAUGCUUAUCAGAAACCGUACCUUCGCCAAAGACUUUCACGCCUCGGCAGCAUUUCUUACUUGUUGGAAUUCGUACAAAAUGCAGUGGCGUAAAUACACUUUAUUAGCAGCCAUGGUUACCUCGCUCGCGUCCCACUUAUUGCUAACAUGAAUCAUUUUCGUUUUAGUUCGUGUGCUAGCACCUUAUAUAUACAUUCAGCGACGGGAAGAUGGAGACAAAUAUGCCUCAAACGAGCAUGUGCAUACUUAUUGACAGAAUUUUCCGGUGGACUUAAUAUAAGCAUUCGAUCGUUGUUUCUACUUAAAAAUGAAGCGAAUAAUAUAAGGUGAAGGAACAUUUUGGUACAAACAAUUUAAGCUUCUGGGUACUGUUACGUUUUUUUUUAUAAUUUUCCUUUUUUUUAUUGAUCACAACGGGCGACAUUUUUCCCUUACUUUUGUGUGCAGACGAGCGAAAUGUGGCUAUGCUGCAUUCUCGACCUCUAAUUUAUCCAAAAAAAAAAAAAAAAAAGGGAGAAGUAAACUACGUCUGGUCAAUGGGAUUCGAUUCUAACUUUGCUGAAAUUACAAGUUUUUGAGUUUCAGGAUUCAUCGCCUUUGAAGGCAAUGGAGUAGACUUGGAAUAAGAGAUUUAAAAACGCAGAAAAUUAAAAUGGUCUUACUUUUUGGACAUAGUAGUAUAGGAUGAAAUGAAGAUUCCAUGCUUAGUUUCAGUUGAAAUUAUGAAAAUGAUCGAAAUCACUGUAAUCACCUUCCGUGUAUACCUACUAUUACUAGUUUUCAUCAAUUCAUCAUUUUUUCUCUUUUUUUCUUUGGGUAUAUAAAGGCUUCUUGAGCCAACCUUUUAUUUACAAGGCAUAAUCUCUACAGCGUCCUUCUUUAAGAGUUCCCGUUGUUGACUUUAAGUUUUAUAUGAUUCUUUGUGAGGCUAUGCGCUUUACCAGAGAAACCAUAACUGUUAAUUUAUUAGAAAACAAAGACGCAAACCGAUCACCCUGCCCCUAGAAAGGGCAGUUAGUCAAUAGAUUCUGGUCAGAACUUUAUGCACCGUCGCAAUAAUUUUUCGAUUCAUCAGUGUUUAGUUAAAAGAACACUGCGAAGUCCAUACGUUCGUCACUAGGAUAAGUUAACACUAUCUCACGUGAAGUUACUUCAUAUACGACGAAAUUGUAAUAAUAGUUUUUUGCAAUAUUUGCAAAUUUUUGUAAAAAAUAUUUGUUAAAAUGUUCGAUUUCUCACGAUUUCACCAUAAAGAACAGUAGUGACAUAAUAUUGGUUGAGUGAAGUAAAUGAAAAAGUAGCGUCCCUUUGUAAUGAUUAUAUACACAUCAUUUAGAUUAAUAAAGUUUUAUUUACACUCAAUAACGAGCUUGCAAAUAAUAUUUUAAAUUCAUAUUUUU